UAUCUGAACCAUGAGUGGCCGCGGAAAGACCGGAGGCAAAGCCAGAGCCAAGGCAAAGACCCGCUCCUCCCGAGCUGGACUCCAGUUCCCAGUCGGUCGUGUUCACAGGCUGCUGCGUAAAGGAAACUAUGCGCAGCGCGUGGGAGCCGGAGCCCCCGUGUACCUGGCUGCUGUGCUGGAGUAUCUGACCGCUGAGAUCCUGGAGCUGGCUGGAAACGCCGCACGAGACAACAAGAAGACUCGUAUCAUCCCCCGUCACCUGCAGCUGGCUGUCCGCAACGACGAGGAGCUCAACAAGCUGCUGGGCGGAGUGACGAUCGCUCAGGGCGGCGUGCUGCCCAACAUCCAGGCGGUCCUGCUGCCCAAGAAGACCGAGAAGCCCGCCAAGGCCAAGUAG